GUUACAACAGCAAACCCUCAACCGAAGCCAGGCAAACACUCAUCUCUCCGUGGUUUUGUGCAUCUGGGUCUGGCAAGACAACUCCUCUCUCCCUCUUCCUGCAAAAAGUGAGUGAACUAGCACAGAGGGACUUAAAGAAGGCUGGAUUUCAGCUGUGGGACGUUUCAGCAGGUCCUGUAAUGGCCUGGAUCGGCAAUUCCUCCUGGUUUAAUCACCUUGCUCUGCAGGAACAUUUCAGGAGGUACUUAAACAGCACUGAGGAUUAUUUAGCCUUCCUAUGUGGGCCCAAACGCAGCCAUCUGUUCUUGCCCAUGGCUCUGGUGUACUCUGUGAUCUUCGUUGUUGGGGUGAUCGGUAACUUCCUAGUUUGCCUGGUGAUCCUUAAGCACCAGAACAUGAAGACCCCAACCAACUACUACCUCUUCAGCCUCGCCGUGUCUGACCUGCUUGUGCUACUUUUUGGGAUGCCACUGGAAGUCUAUGAGAUGUGGAGCAACUACCCCUUCUUGUUCGGUCCCAUCGGCUGCUAUUUCAAGACAGCUCUCUUUGAGACAGUGUGCUUUGCCUCCAUCCUCAGCGUGACCACAGUCAGCAUCGAGAGAUACUUUGCCAUCCUCCAUCCCUUCCGUGCCAAGCUGGAAAGCACUCGCAAGCGUGCCCUGAGGACCAUCGUGGUGCUCUGGGUCCUCUCUGUCCUCUUUGCCCUCCCCAACACGGGCACCCAUGGUAUCAUGCUGCAGUAUUUCCCCAAUGGCACCUUGGUCCCUGGCUCUGCCACCUGCACUGUGGUCGCACCCAUGUGGAUCUACAACUGGAUUGUCCAGAUUACUUCCUUCCUCUUCUAUGUGCUGCCUAUGGGGGUCAUAAGUGUGCUGUACUAUCUGAUGGGGUUAAGACUGAAAGGAGACAGAUCUUUGGAAGCAGAGGAAAUGUCCGUGAAUGUUCAGAGGCCAUCCAGAAAAUCAGUCACCAAGAUGUUGUUUGUCCUUGUGAUGGUUUUUGCUGUCUGCUGGGCUCCAUUCCAUAUAGAUCGCCUCUUCUUCAGCUUUGUUGUGGAAUGGACUGAGCCUCUGGCUAAUAUAUUCAAUUUAAUUCAUGUGGUGUCAGGUGUUUUCUUCUACCUGAGCUCUGCUGUGAACCCCAUCAUCUACAACCUGCUGUCCCAGCGCUUCAGGAUGGCGUUCCUCAGCGUCAUCUCCCCUGGCUGCAAGCACUGGGCCCCUAAGCACACUACCAGCAAGACUCCUCCCCAGCAGAGCAUCUUCAUGGUUGAAGACCACAAUCUCGUGGACUCUGCAGAAGACACAAGUGUGCCUGGCACCAACAGGACAUCUGUCUGCAGUUCUCAGCUCUCCACUGGCCUGUGAUUUGCCAUGGUGUGGUGCAUCCAUGGGAAGGAAGCUGAAGAAAAUGACUGAGGGAAAUAGAAGGGGAAGACAGCCUCCUGGAAGACUGAUUUCAGCAAGAAGAGCUCACUGUCUUGCUGAGUGAAUGAAUGAGGAGGCUGUCAUUACUGGGUUAUUAAUCAUAGAAACAUAGAAUGGUUUGGGUCAGAAGGGACAUAUUUUAUUACCCUCAAGCUGGAGCGCUGGAAAUCUCAGCUUCCUGGCUGCAAACUCUGCAGCAAAGACUUACUCUACAAAACUACACACUCCCAAUGCUACCAGCACAGGAGAGACACAGCUUAUCCAAAUCUUACACAAUAGCCUUUUUGUGCACCAGCCUGAAGGUCAGCUCUUACUCAGAUUAAACUGGGGCAAGUUUCUGGACAAGCAUCAUCUGCCCUCUUCUGGCUUAAGGAAGCUGCUCUCAUUUAUCUCCCCUGUAGCCUUGAGAUGCAGCCGUUGCAAGGCUCUCUUGACAAUAUGAUCAAGUAUAUGUGAAUGAGCCCUGGGCUGGGCUGAUUCAGUAUCCAGAAACUGGAUACUGUUAUCCAGUGAUUCAGUAUCCAGGCACCAGUAUCCAGAAACUGCUAUUUCUGGGCCAAAGGAAAGAGGAACCAAAAAUUAUGUAAAGCAAACUUUUGCUUUCUGAGCUAGGUAAAUAUUGUGUCUGUGUGUGAUUGAUUCCUUAAAUCACUUUGUCAAAAACUACCCUACCGUGGGUUAUUUCUAAAAAGUCUAGAAGUUGCUGCUGUACCUCCUCACACCAUGGUUGGCAACAGUCACGCAGUGCUGAAAUAGUACAUGCAUGCCACAGAUCUGUCUGCAUUACCUGUGAAAUGACCACUCCUGGAAGCUGAGGAUGUUCCUUUGUCCGAAAUGGGGAUACUGGGGGGUACCUCAAAGGCCUGCAGCCUUCUCAGGUUAGUUCUGUGCAUCAGACAGAUUUAUUUUUGUCCAUCGGACUGAGCUGAGCCUGACCGUGUACAGGUGGGCUAUGGUUGGUCCCUGCUUUGCCCCAUGCCCUGCAUUUUGCAGCAGUUUCUUAUCCUUGCUUCUGUUCCUUAUGUGUUGUCUCUGCCAGAGAAGCCCUGUGGCUGUGCUUCAGCAAGCCUUACACCUGCCCAUGAUGGACUGCAAAGGUCAGAGAUCUAUGAAGGCUCAGCAACCACCAGGGAACAGCCUGAAAAGCACAAGAUUAGGGCAAACCUGCAAGGUCAUAGAAGUUGAUAUAAAGGCAAUAAAAAAGGAAUAUUUUGCAG